GAAGUCGACAGAUAUAUUUAGUCAGGUUCCAUUCCCUUGGCAAUCGCAAGAAGACAUGCUUCGAUUUUAAGCUUCUACAAUACUGUAAAGAACAGAAAAUAACAACAGUCCAUUUCCCUCGAGGCCAAUCAUUUCUCAGCUUUUCUAACCGACCACGACGCCGCCUGCACAAUGUGCUGCAACAAAAGACGCGCCGCUGCUUACAGAGGAUACCCGCCUAGCCUCGAGGCUGGGGGUCCCGCGUUUGGACCCCCCUUCGGUCGGAGAGGAUGUGGUUCAGGCCAGCGUAGGCCAGGACUGAUUCAAAAGCUGGUCACGAAGGCUAUCGAGAAGCGGAACGAGAAGAUGGAGGCUCGACAGCAACUGGAGAGUGAACGCCAGGUCCCUCAGCAAUCAGUAACGCGCGUUGACGAGAAGCGCGAACCUGCUGGCCUUCAGCAAGGCCACUCCAGGGCCCAGCCGGUUAAGAUUGUUUUUGAUGACGGGCACGAGGAAUGGGUUUCCGAUUACACUGAUGAGAAAGAGUCCGGGGUGCAAGUUGGGGAGAAGCGCGGCGAACAUCCACCCAGGUAUUCUGAGCUCAUGAAAACCUAAUGUGUGGCACGAUUGGGUACCUUGAACCGAUGUCUGUUCCAUUCCGUCGUUAUUGACGUGCCGUAGCAGGAAGGUGCUUGGACUAUGAACAAAGAGGCGACUUAAGUCCCGUGUCUUGCAUGCACGUUUCAUUCAAGCCUCUUUGUACAGGCGCUGCUGUUCUCUUUUUAUCCCAG